AUGUCUCAUCGUCACAAUAAUCGACGGUCGGGCAACUCGCGACGACAGCAGUCUGUCGACUUUCCUCGUUAUCCUCCCAUGUCACAACCUCAGACGGAGCUGCCGGUAUCUGCUCUUCCCCCUGCUCCUCGACCUUCGUCCACUUCUGCUGCUCUUCCCAUAUCCAUGGCUGUACCUCCCGUCCAGCUUGCGGUUCAGGUCUCAGACUACGAGUCGGACAAUCCGGGCUACCAGUCAGACUACCCGACAAAGCCACCUCCUCCCAAUCGCACCAACGAAGAACUCAACCUCUCCGUCCUCAAACGCCACAACCCUCAGAUAUCUUCGAUUCUCUCCAUAGCUCCUUACGCCGUUGUUUACGAGUUCUCUCCGCUCCCCCAACCAGAAUGGACAAAGACAGGAGUGGAGGGAUCCUUGUUUAUUUGUGAACUUACUCCUGGGGUCCUGGGUGAAGACCGGUAUUCUGCGAUUGUUCUCAACCGAAGAGGCUUGGACAAUUUUGAAGCAGAGCUCAGAGAAGGGGAAAAUGCUGGCGUCGAGAUAACGGGGGAAUAUAUCAUCAUUAGCUUCAAGGAAGGCUACGAGCAAAAGAUCUACGGUGUCUAUAUCUUCCAUGACGCGCCGGGCACCUCAACUGAAAACGCCCAGAAGCUGAACGGCGAACUGAUGAAGUCUCUGGCUGAUCAUGCUGGGGUCAGCAGACAAGCCGCCGAAGCGGCUGCCUCAGCUAAGACUGCGCAACACACAAAUGGACAUAUGCUCCAGGCCGAGCAGACGUUGCAAGAUCAGCAAGGAGGUGCUCCGGCUCCUGGUCAGCAGAUCAGUUUGCAGCAACUCUUUGGCCAGCAAAGAUCAGACGAUGCGGCCUGGAGUGUUCGAGCACAUGAGUAUGAUGGUGGAACCCAACCUCCGUCACAACCAGGGCUGCAGCAGCCUGACAUGCUGAUUGAUCUCUUCAGGAAAGCCGGCUUUUCAGGAAGAUAG